AUGGCACUGGGCGGCCGGGCGUGGCUCGUCGGGGCGGUGGCGUGGGCAUGCCUCCUGCUCGGUGCGCUUGCCCAGGGCCCCGACACUCCGCCCGUGCUGAGCACAGUGCGGCAUUCGCGCGCAUCCCAGGUCAAGGCGCGCACCGCGUGGCCCGAUAGCGCCUCGACACUCAUGUGCGUGCAGGCCCGAUCGCCCCGGGGGGGGCCGUCCGACACGUCGAUCUCGGUGCCGUCCGACCCGCGGUACACGCUCAUCAGUGACGACUUGCUGCUGUGUGAGGUCCCAUCCAUGGGCGAGGGCACAGGCCACCCGAAAAUGUAUGCACUGCUGGGCACCGUCGUCGUGCCGGGCGGGGCGCCCCUGACCGUGCCUGAGGCGCACACGGGUGCCGCACCUGUGGCACCACGACCGUCGCUUGACGAUGGCCACGCGCAUGCGCCCGCCGGCGGCGCCGAGCGCGCCGAGCCACCAGGCGGCGGCGAUCCACUCUUGAGCUUUGACGAGUGGAAGCAGCAGCACCUCGAGUCGGUGCGCAAGUCGCGCAAGCUCGAGCGCGAGCGCAAGCACGAGAAGGCAGAGAGCACCGUGAACGAGACCCAGGCGGAUGAGGCGCCGUCGAUGCCGCUCGCGCCCCCUGCACCUCACGCCACACCCAAUACCACGCUGCCAGCGGCCGAGCAGGUCCUGCUGCGUGCCAUGGCCGCCGAGCCGGAGCCGCCUGUGAUUCUGGCACUGGAGGACGCCAGCGCGCAGCUUGCUGAGCUCAAGCACCGGUGGAACUAUGCGUCGCUCGACUGUGCGGCCGUGCUGCACCAGGCGAAUCCCUCAGCCAAGUUUCCCUCGGCCAUCCUGAGCGAGAAAAAAGACCGCUACAUGCUGUCGCCCUGCCCCCAUGCUGCGCGGACGGGCGAAAAGGAGAUGGCACCCGAGCGGCAGUUUGUCAUUGUCGAGCUGUGCCAGCAGAUCCGCGUCGAUACCCUCGUGCUGGCGAACCUGGAGUUCUUCAGCAGCAUCUUCAAAGUGUUCUCGGUGCGUGUGUCGCGCACGCUGCACGCGCCCGAGACCGAGUGGAAAUCACUCGGCCUCUUCCGCGCGCGCAACGUGCGCGGUCCGCAGGUGUUUCAGCUGCACAGUGCGCCCGCCUCGUACUACCGGUUCCUGCGCAUCGACUUUCUCGAGCACUACGGCAACGAGUACUAUUGUCCUAUCAGCUUGCUGCGUGUGUAUGGCCGCAACGAGCGUGAAGACGCCGACGAGGACAUCCUCGACGAGCUUCAGGCGAUGGACGACGAGGAGGCCGAGUCGGACGCCGACGCGGCCUCGGCCGCCGACGCGGGCGCCAGAGAGGCGAUACCCAGCGCCUCCCUGCGGUUCUGGGAGCACGUGUGUAUUCCCGAGCCCUUUCCCGGCGUGCGCCUGCCCGAAUGUGGGGCAGAGGACGCGCCCCGUGCGCCGAAAGCGGCACGCGACGCGCCGCGCGCCGCGGCGCCGACGUCGGCCGCGAGCACCGAGCGUGCGUCCGCGCCGCUCACGGCCCGGCCGACGACGACGGCGUCUGCCACGUCGGAGGCGCCGCUCCCGACGAGCGCGAGCCGUGCGACGUCGGCGCCGCUCGCGACCAGCGAUGCGCCCGUGUCUAGUACGGCCACCGCGCGGCCGUCGGCCGUGAAUGGCACGGCCGAGGAGCCGGACGCGCGCAAAGGCCCGGACGCCCGCGCCAAGGCGGCCAAGGCGGACAAGGCCAAGGCGGCCGAGACCAAGCCGGCCGGCAGCGAGUCGAUAUACCGCACCAUUACGAAGCGGCUUUCGGCGCUGGAGGCGAAUACGAGUCUCAGCAUGCAGUUCCUGCAGCUGAACAGUGGGCAAAUGCGCGAUAAGAUCGCCAAGCUGGAGCUCGUGCAAGAGACGCGCCUGGCCGAGCUGCUGGCCGAGCUGAACGCGACGCAGACGCAGCGCAUGGAGCACCACAUGGCGCAGUACCACCUGGCCCUGCAGCAUGCGCUUGCCACGAUCGAGUCGCAGCGGCGGCGGGCCGAGGCGGAGCGCACCGCGCUCCUUGCGCGGGUCGAGCGCCUGUCGAUGGAGAUGCGCACCGAGAAGCGGUGGAGUGCCGCGCAGCUGGUGCUGCUGCUCAUGGUGCUGCUGAUCACCGCGCUCACACGCGGCUCACGCGAGGUGCAGCGCGGCGACGGUGCGCCGUGGCGGAUCACGAUGCCGCCGCGCGAAGCGCCUCCGCUGUUCCAGACGCCCAUGUCGCCGCCUGCGGAGGAUGAGCAGGACGAGGAUGCGCCUGUUUCGCGGGCGGAGACCGGGGCUGCGCGUGUGCCGCCGCGGCCUGUGGCCUCGCUCAAGUAUCCGCGGCGCACCUGGGCGUCGACGCCGUCGCCUCGGGGCGUCGUGCGGCGUGGGCGCACGCCGCGGCGGCCCGAUGGGCGACGGGCGUCGGUCCCGGGCGUGACGUGGCGGCCCGCGUCGGUCUCGAGUUCGCGAGACGAUGAGAGUGAGUAG